AUGGGCGCGGAGCAGCAAAUGGCCGACGCGACGGCGGAUGCCAAGCCGCAGGAGGGCGCUGCGCCGCUGCAGGGCUCCUACCCGGUGGCCUCGCGGCACCACAAGAGGCCCCACCCGAGCGCGCCCUACCGGCGCCCGGUGGCGCUGCCCAACUACAAGGUCCUCGCGCAGCCCCGCACGAACAACUACUACCACGCGACCGGCGGCUGCCCUUGCAUCCCGCGGGCGGUGGCGCACCCGGGCAGCUGGCGGUUGAAGGAGGCGCAGCUGCGCUCGUCCACGGCAGCGCACCCCGCGACCUGGUCAAGGAAGCGUCCCACGGCCACGUGCUGCGUGCACUCGGCACAAACCUACGGCUGGAAGCCCGGCCCGCACACAGUCCUGGCGAAGAACACGGCCGCCUCGGGUCUCUGCGACACCUUUGGCAACAUGGCCUUCAAGCGCCCAACGGGGGUGCGUGACAAGGACAGCGAGGUGAGCAGCGUCUGUGCGCAGAAGCUGGAGGACCUGGAGGCCCUCAUCCUCGAGGAGCACGAGGCACGCCGCAACGUCGAGAUGGACGUGGGUGAGCUGCAGGACAUUCAGCGGGAGGGCACGCAGGACGACUACAAGCUGGACUACCGGAACGAGAAGCUGCGGAAGGAGGCGGCGGCGGCGUCGGAGGCGCAACUCCACGACCUUCUGCGCGAGGUCCGCGGGAUUGUGAAGCGGCCGCUCAACCAGACCAACAUUGACAUCCUCCGCCGCGUGGUGGAGCGACAGGAGUGCCUGAUGCAGCAGCGCGCACUGAAGGCGCGUGAGGACUACCCUCAAAUUGUGUUCCCGUAG